AUGCCCAUCUCACUCACGCUACGGAAGCCAUCCAGCUUUCGGGACAAGGAAAGCGAGCUUCAAUUGCGCAUCAAGGAGCCUUUCAAUGUCGUGGCUGUCGGAGACAUGAUUCAAACGAUGCCUUUUUCCAAUAGGACUGACCCCAACAUCCAAGCUCUUGUCCAGCUGAUGCAAAAAUCCGACAUCACAUUUGCCAACAAUGAAAAUACAGUCGUGGAUCGCCUUACAUUUCGCGGUCCCAUCUCCCACAUGGAGGCCGACAAGCACGUCGUGGAUGACUGGAAAGAUAUGGGCAUCGAUAUGGUCACAAAAGCUAACAAUCAUACAUUCGAUUGUGGUGAUGCUGGUCUUGUCCAAAAUUUUGAGCAACUUCGCCGCGUGGGUAUUGAGUAUGUUGGCACCGAUUACAAUACUGCGGAGGCGAGGCUUGCCCGAUUCAAAACCACCCCUAAAGGUAUCGUGGGUUUCAUCGGAGCGUAUGCUGAAACAGAAGAUCAUUCUCAGCUGUUUGGUAUAUCCGCGAGAGACCCAAUUGUUGUGGCGCCAGACCAGCUUGCCCAGCUGAGAGCAAUGCGCGAUAGCCUUCUUGCUCGGCGUGCGGAAGUUAAGACGCCAAUUGGCAUGCCUAAUGCAGACCCCGAAGGAUCUGUUCUUGUGUUUGGACGCCAAUUCAGGGUUCAAAAUGCCAGCGCUGACGCCGAUGAAGAGAUUAACAACAUUAAACGGCGCUUGGAACACCACCUAAACUCGAAGGGGACGAUUACCUAUAAGAAUAACUCGGUCCGUCUGAACGUUUACCACAGCGUCACCGCUGAGCAAAUGCAACAGCUGCGAUCCAUUGCAGGUGCCGAUACGAAUGACAGCUCUGAGACUCUCGAUGCUUUUGGCGUUCAUUUCCGAGUCGGUCCAAAGAUAGGAGAGUACAGCUAUGAGAUGGAGCCCCAGGAUUUCCGCGACAUUCUUCGUGAGGUUCGCACUGGGAAACAAUUUUCGGAUUUUCUCAGCGUUACCAUCCAUUGGCACCAAAACCGUUUCUCUUUCCAACACUACUCCUUCGACCAUUAUCCAACAGAUUAUCAGAUCAAGUUUGCCCGUGCAGUUAUCGACAAUGGCGCCGAUUUCUUCUUCGGUCACGGCGUGCACACGCUCAAGGGAGUUGAGAUAUACAAGGGAAAGCCAAUAUUCUACGGCAUCUCCAACUUUGUUUUCCAGAACCCUCAGUUUCGCUCAUGGCGCGACGAUGCCGCCGGACGAGCUCCGGCCUCCCUAGAAGGCCCUAUUGUUGGAGAUGGCGAGGCCAAUGAAAUGCGCUGGGCUUGGCUGAAUGAGUCAGAAAAUAGAGAGGCGCUGCUCAUAUCGGCCGAUUAUGCUGAUGGAAAGUUAUCGCGUGUGUUGGUCUAUCCGGCAGACUUGGGAAAAACUCCUCGCAGUGGAUCCAUGACUGGAACGCCCACAAAGCCCACCCUUGAGGUUGCCAACGAGAUUCUUGGCCGGCUUUGCGAGUACUCUGAGCCAUUUGGGACUAAAAUUUCGAUUGAGGAUGGUGUUGGAGUUGUUCAUAUUCCUUCCGAGUAG